AUGUCAACUUCCCUGCUGAUCCAUGACCUACGAUCCCGAUCCAAAACUGACAGGAUCAUGGGAGAUAAGAUAUGCAUGGUCCGUCGUAGUGGGAACAGUCGGUUCAUGCCACACGCGCUGGUGUUCCCUGGAGGCAAACUGGAGGAGGAAGACGAACGAUGGGCGAGGGAGUAUAUGGCUGGCAGGAGCAAUCGCUGUUGUUGCUCCCGUUGCCACCCGGGCGAUACCACCGACGUAGCUUUUCGACGGUGCGCGUUACGCGAGCUCAAAGAGGAGACUAGUAUCGAGCUGGACAUCUCGGAGGCCAUCUCCCGAAUGGUCUAUCUAUGCCAGUUCCAGACGCCAGAUUAUGAAGCGCUGAAGACCAGGAAAGGCGGCUUCAUUACGCGCUUUUACGUCUACGCUAUAGACAGCCACAGUAAGGCUGCGCAAAGUGCUCGAGAGGCCGCAGCUUCCGAUGGGUCAGAGACGACUCAACUCGUGUGGCGAACACCUUCACAGAUUCUUAUGGAGUACAAGACCAGCGGCGGUUUGACUUUACUACCACCUCCCCAAUGGCACACACUGACUAUGCUGCAGAGUGUCGCUCCAUUGGGCCCCGAGGCGAUUGCUGCUCGCGCGAGGCAACUCUCACGGAGCUACUUCAGAUACCCUAUCAAACCACGGCCGAUCCCGGAAAUUUCUACUCCUUCUCAAAUCGUCUUAGCCUAUCCAGGGGACCACCAGCAUGACAUUUUCAAGCCUACUGAUUCUCAGUGGAAGUUCAGGUUGACAUUCUGCACUGGGAGAGCGAAAAAGGAUUGGCGGCAGAUUUCGGUUGAAAUUUCCCCCGAGUUGAUAAGAAUCUUGGAGUCUGAUAACGUUCCCGAGUUCUGUACAAAACAUGUUCUACCUCAUUCGAGUUUAUAAUUGUACCUCUUUUC